CAAGCAAGUGUCAAACUCAUUCGCCAGCCUUCGUAAAAUAUAAACGCGAGAAAACUAAUCGAAUGCAAGAACUGUCAGCGUAAAGCGGUCGGGUAUACAGCUGGAUUCUGCUGCUUUUUUAUUUAUUUCAUCAACAUCUCAAGCUGCCACGCCAACACCGCUAACGGUGAACGGUUCAAUGAAUGAAGGCGAGGGGAUGCCAAGUGCAGAGACGGCAAAUCAGCUUGGCGAACGAUUCCGAAGCAUUGGCAAAAGCUUCCUCACUCGUCCUAUCUGCGUUCAGGCGUUCACCACGGAAACCCUUCCAAAUCACCUAGCCAUCUCAGACAGUUGUGGAGGCGUCUACAUAUCCGAUGUCGAUGGAAAGAUAAAGGAGCAUCUGCAGAUUAAAAACUCAUCGGCUAGCUCGGUGACCAUCGAUGAGAAGAAUGAAGUGAUGUACGUUUUGUCUAUAAUGCAAUCCAAGGGCAGAUCAGUGCACGUUUUCGACAUCGCUAAUUCAUUUAGGAAGCUCGAUGUGAUUGUGUGUCCGAAAGAUCCGAAAAUCGAGAUGAGUCGAACACGAUGGCUGACAAUUGGACCACGUGGACAACUUUUCAUGGUCAGCGGUGACAACAUGAAGAGCGCCCUGUGGUGCUAUGUUAGGGCCAGAAAGGCUUGGAAGACGUUGAAGGAAUCGAGGAAAACUCGCUACCAAUAUUUGAGCGUGGCCGAAGACCAAGCGGAAUACAAAGCCGUGGUGCUGCUCACAUGUGAUGCCGCCAAUAACCGCCUACUACUAUUCGUCGUCGACCAUACUUUGUCACUCAUUAACGAAUAUGACCUCAGUAAAACGUACAGACUCUACGAGCGUAUCUCAAGCCCAGCUUCAGCCAUUGUCGACGUGCACGGAAACCUGCUCGUCUUAGAUUAUUCAAACGGCAAACUUUGGAUCCUUCUGUCCGGUGUGAAGGGAAUUCGGCGGCUCAAGGAGAUCCAUCUUGACGAUCGACUCCACUCACAAGAAGCUCUGGGGAUUAGCACCAGUCUCUAUCGAUUAGUGUCAUCGGCAAUCACCCGUCAACGGGAUUGA